AUGGCAAUCUAUUUAGGCUAUCACACACCUUAUCAUGGUAUAUCAUGGCGAUCUAUGUGGGCUAUCACACACCUCAUCAUGAAACUCGAAGAACACGAGAAGCUGCGCAAGAGCCUGAUUAACUUCCGCCGCGAUGCUGAGGUGCAGCAAGCACGCGUGAAGGAGAGUAUCAUGAUGGCGUCCUCCAUCAUCCCUGUGCUACCACCGUCCUUUUCGGCAAACAAGGUGUCGUGCUACAAGUUUGCAUGUGGAUGUGUAUGUGUAACGAACCACCGUCCUUCUCUGCAAACAAGACCAGUCUGCUGCUACAACUGUACCUUAGAAUAUACGAGUAACGGAAUGCGUAUUUUGGAUGCAUGUCCGAGUGAAUUGGAUGUUGGUCUAAACCCGAAUGUCUCGGCGACUGCGAGCUCGCCAGUAAUGAAGAAGAAACAGAUGCUCAGCGAACUGGAACAACUCAAGGCCGAGAACGAACGGCUCAAGGCCGACAAUGCCAAGCACGAGCUAAGGUGGUCCAGCUUACGAGAGGCCGCCAUGAAGCGCAAACAGAAACCAGUGGGCGAGACAGCAGGAUAA